AUCCCAUCUAACCACUUGAGAUUCCUACCUCCGUCAGCCAUGUUCGGCGAGGACGGUAAAGACAAGCUCAUCAAGACUCUGAAGGCGCAAAUCGCUGACCGAGAUGCGCGUUAUUCCAAACUUCAGAAGGAGAAGACCUCGCACGAUGAGGCCUUGACGGAGGCCAAGGCGGCAGUUGAAUCUUUGCGGUCAAGGGCAGACGGAGAAGAGAAGCGCGCAGACAAUGCUGAAUCUGCACUGAGGGCAUUAAGAGAUGAUCUCGCACAAACCAAGCUGAGCGUUAGCAAUCUUGAGACGCAGCUGCGGGCUGAGAGCGCACGCGCGGCAGACUUUGAGCGCGAGAGCCGUAGGCUUGAGUAUGACCUAGCAAGCCUCUCACACAGUGGCUCUGGCCCCUCUACAGCUGAGAACAAACUUUCGUCGCGCAUCAAGGCCCUUGAGCAGGAGCUGCAGCGGAAGGAGGCCGAGAUCACUCGUCUGGCGCGCACAUUCACCCCAAAGACAAGGCGGCGGCGCUCCUCCGCUGGAGACCUCGACCUCGCUCUUCAGAAUCAGCGGGACGACGCCACGCAGGCAGUGGCCAACGCACAACGUGAAAUUUCCGGCCUCAAAGCCCGACUCACAGCCACCGAGCGCGAGCGCGACCAGGCGCUUAAUGCACGCAUGGCUGCCGAGAAGCGUGCCGCGCGUGACACCGAGUCCUUGCAGGAUAGAGUGGAUGAGCUGCAAUUCUACUUGGACCAGAAGGGCGGCUCGCAGCCGCCGCAAGCGAGCGAUAAAGCCCGCUCUGAGCGGGAUGCGGCCAUUGCACGCGCUGAGGAGCUCGAAGCGCGGCUAAAGGAGAAGGAGGGUGAGGUGGACGAUGCCCUCAAGAAGCUGGAAGAGAGAGCGAGAGAGCUUACAGCUCUCCGUGACAUCAACGCACGCGCGGAACGGCAGCUGGUCGACCUGCAGCAGAAGACAUCCGAAAUGGAGGCCCAAAUGUCACGAUCCUACGGCGCACACGCCGAGAGGGAAGCACAGAUGGAGCGGGAGCGCGACAUGGCCCACUCAGAAGCCGAGGCUCUCAAGCGCCAAGUGAACGACGCGACAGGCGAACUAACGGAGGCACGCGCCAAGGUCGUAGCCGAGGUCGAGGCACACACAGCGCUGCGCGAGCAAGUUGAAGAACUGCAGAGGCAAGCAGCAAUCACUGUUGAGGCUGAGCAGGCUGCGGCUGAGGCUCGUGGCCGUGCUGCGCAGUCUGAGGAAGCCGCAGCGACCGCGGCAGUGAAGCUUGCUGAAGCCGAGCAAGCACUGGCUACUGCUGAGGAUACCGCCUCUGCCGCUGAAAGUGCACGAGAAGCCCUUGUGGCCAAGCUCGAUGCUGCCCUUGCCGACGUCACAAGCAGAGACGCUCGCGUUGUCGAACUGGAAUCUCAAAUCGCGGUGUCCAGCAGCCUGAAAGCUGAGCUUAAAUCCGCUCGCAACGAGCGCGAGCGCUGGCGUGAGACGGCUGAGACGUACCAGGGCGAGAUCAUGGAGAUGGAGGCCGCCUUGCGCGAUGAGAUCGGGGACUUGGAGCGAAAGCUUUCCAUGACCACCGACGACCUCGCUCGCGCAACUUCGGACCGCGAUGCGGCACAGUUGGCAGUCAAGCGGCUCGAGGCCGAGAUUCUGGCCGGAUCCAGCUCCGACAGCCAGAACGAGAUCCGCCGCCUCCGCCAAGAGCGCGACCGCUUGUCGGCCGAGCUUCAGGACAAGGUCUUGCUUCUGGACUCUAGAGACAUGCCCGACAAGGCGCAAGUCGAGAAGAUGACGCUCACGAUCCGCCGGUUGCGUGAUGAGCGCGACGAAUACAAAGGCCAGGUGGCAUUCGUUGAAGCUGAGCGCAAGUUCGCUGACCGCGCAACGGCCGGGCUCAAUGAAAAGCUUCAGGAGGCACUCGGUCAAGUCCAGGAGAAGGACACGCGCGUGUCCCAGCUCGAAGGGAUGGUGACUGAUCUUGAGUCCAGCCAUAUCACCAGCGAGACCCUCAAGGCGGAGCUUGAGGAGCAGCUGGCCAAGGUGGUGGGCCUCGAGACGACUAUCCGCGACCUGGAGCGACAACUUACGGAGGCUGAGUCUGCCCGCGCUCUGCUCGCUGAGGAGGUUGCCGCUGUAGCCACUCUUGACGGCGCCAACAGGGAUCUUCAAAGCAUGGUUGCCUCCCUCGAAAGCAAGAUUUCGUCCCUCGAAGCCGAGGCGUCCUCCACCGCUCAGCUGGCGGCCGAAUCGCUUGGCGCUGUCGAGAGUGAGCGCGAUGCAGCCCGGGCACAACUUGUUGAGCUGGAGACCGAGAUGUGCGAGCUCCGCAGCAAGCUCGACGUUGUUACGGCGAAUCUCGGCGCGGAGCAUGAGUCAAGAAAGAGCGCCCAGAAUGGCGCGACUGUGCAGAUCAUGGCUGCAGACGAUGAGGGGCGACUUCUCACCGAAGCGCAGGAGCGUGUUGCGCGGCGCGACAGGUUUAUCAAGGUGCUUGAGGCGGACAAGCAGAAGCUGGACUUCAAACUCAAGAGCUUGCAGGACGACUUUGCCGAGCUGUCCGAGGUCAACACCGUGCUGGAGGCCAAGCUCGCAGCAGCUGUGUCGCAGGACGCUUUCGACCAGAUCAGCGGCGAACACGACGCCCUGAAGGCCGAACAUGCGGCCGUUAUUCGCAGUCUCACAGAUGCGCGUGACCAAGCGGCCCGUCUUCAAGUCACGCUCGAAAGUACCUACGUCGACCUCGACGACCUCCGUGCUGUCCAUGAACGCACCGUCGCAGAACAUAAGGCCCUCGAGGCCGAACAUGCGCAGGAUGGUACGCACACCGCAAAUCUUCAGCAGAAGUGGGAGGGGAUGGCAGAACAAUACCAGCACCAGUCCCAGCAAAUUGUCAGCCUCGUGGUUGCCGUCGCUGUGCAUCGCCAGGCUCUGGCUGCCACCACCGCGAACUCCACCAGCCUCGCGGCGCAACUGAGUGCAUCUGUUGAGCGGGUCGCGACUCUUGAGGUCAAGCAUGCCGCUCACCAGCAAGAGGAGAACGCCGUUUUGCGUUCAGAGCUCGAGUCUGCCCGCUCACAGCUGCGCGUGACGGAGGAGGAGCUCGGUCAUCUGCAGGGAACGUCUGCAGAACUCGACGCCGCUACGAAGAUGCUUGCCUCUCUCGAGGCACGAGUUACUGAGCUCGAAGCCGCACUUGUGACGGCCAAUUCCGCCUACUCCGACGCCACAUCUCGCGCAUCAGCCCUGGAAGCAGACCUUUCGGUGGCUGAAGAAACGCGCAUUGAACUACUGGCACGGGCCAAAGCGCUGCAGGGACGUGUCAACGAGAUGCAGGACGACCUCGAUGCCGCACGGACAGUGCAUGAUGGAGCCACAGGCCGCGUCAUGAUGCUUGAGACGGAGCUAGGCGAGAUUAGGGAGGCUCUGACCACCUCCAAUCUCACAGCCAGCGACCUUCGCAUCAAGCUUGGAACUGCUGCCGUCGAGUUUGAGGAGAAGCUUGCUACAGCUGCCGCCGAGGCUGCCGAGGCCGAGACGCAGCGCGAGCAAAUCCUCGAAGACCUCAAGAGCCAGAUUGUCAAUGCACGCGAGCGUGCCGCACUCGAAACAGCCAGCGCCAACAACCGGCUGAAGACUGCUGAGGAGAGAGUCACUGUUCUGUCUGAGACGGUUGACUCCCUUCGUGCGGAACUUGAAAAAAUGCGUGCAGAGCAUGAUGCUGCAGUCGCUCGUGCCAAGGAGACUUCGACAGGCGCAGCCUCUCUUGCCGCCGAUGUUGCUCGCUUACAGGGCGAAGUGGAGGCCGGCGAUGAGCUCGCCAGGUCCGCUGCCGAGCGCAUCGAAGGCCUCGUUUCAGAGUUGAGUAUGGCUCGCGCAGACUACUCCUCUCUCAGUAACGAUCUCGAAGCAGCGACCGCGGACCUCGAGGCCGCACAGAGUGAGCUGGACGUGCUGCGCUCGCGUGAGGCAGCGCUCGUUGCUCAGCUUGACAUCACGCGCUCGGAGCUGGACGACACCCUCGAGUCGCUCAAGACGAUGCAGAACAGAGCCACAGCCGCUGAGACAGACGCCCGCAAGGCCGCCUCGCACCUUAACUUCAUGGAGCGGGGACAGGUCGACAUGUCGGCCCGCCUCGCGGCACUUCGCGACGAGCUUUCGGAAGCUCAGGCCGCUGCAGCUAUGGCUGAGAGCCAAGCCUGCCAAUUCGCUAAUCUUGAGCAAGCCAACAAAGCACUCAGGGAAGCGCUCGCCGACAUUGAGGAGGACCUGAAGUACAAGACGGCUGCACUUGACGCUAAGAAUCUUGAUCUUGAGGAGGCCGACGACCAGCGAAAUCGAGACUCUUCAGAACACGAUGGAGAAUAUGUCGCCCCGACGCACUCGCGAGAUUCCGCCCAUUGCGAUCUCCUCGUCCGUCCCUUCUGACGGCGCUAAGAUCAUUUCUGCCCUUGCGUCUGCUGCGACGUCAACCUCGGCUUCCAUCUACGCGCCGACCUCGACACCGCGCGGCAAGCGCUGUCGUGAGGCUGAUGACGAGUCCGUUACUCGCGAGGUGUGGGUCGAGGACGGGCCGCUGCCCAAGCGCAACAGCCCGCCGAGCGCCGGCAGACCCCCGUUGGCGGCGCGCACAAACCGCCCAGUCCGCAAGCCGCUCACAUCUACGGAGCGCGCUUUCAUGCAGAAACGCGCGCAGGCUGCGAGCAC